AAGAAUUGGAGCACGUGAAACACUUCUUUCUGAUACAAUAGCAUUGAAAGUUGAAGAACUUUUGCUGAAAUAUCAGGAUGGGGGAGAAAGUCGUCACUGCUAGUGGUAAGGACAGGUCAAUUCCCAGAAAUCUCAAUGUGCAUAAGUUUGUAGACCCUCGGGCGUCUGAGCUGGAAGCUCUUCAAUCCAUCGUUUUGAAUCGGAUGAAUAGUAAUACUUGUGAUCAAAGGUCGAAGAGGAGAAGAACUUCUUCUUAUUUAACUAAUGCUUCUAGGAAAAGGAAAAAUAAGAAAAUGAAAUUGGAUACCACCCAUCUGGAUUUAGCGAAAAACGAGAAGAAGGCUUCUCGGAAAAUACGUCGCAGGGCUGAGCUUAAAAUGAAUCAUGGCAUUGGAUUUUCUACUUCUGGGGAUGGUACCAAAAGGCUUAGAACACAUGUUUGGCAUGCUAAGCGUUUCACUAUGACUAAGCUUUGGGGUUUUCAUCUCCCUCUAGGGUUGCAGGGCAGAGGUAAGGGUUCUAGAGCUCUUCUGAAAUGGUACAAUGAUGGAGUGCUUAUACAUGAUGCUAGUUAUUACGUUCCCGUCCAGUUGGAGGGUCCAGAGGACUCUCUGAUUUCGGCUCUAGGAAUGGUGUUGGAACCAUCCAUAGUAUCUCAUUCUCAAGACAUUUCUCAUGCAAUUAUUUCUGGUGUUAUUUAUGGUAGAGCAAUUCUUCAUGAUUCCAGGACCCCGGGUGCUAAUGCAAUUGCUCCUGUAACAUAUAUGUGGCGUCCAUGUCCUUGUCGAAAAAAGGAAAUCAAUGUUAAUAAUCACAAUAGCAGUGUAUUUAAGACAAUAGAUGGCGUAGACUCGUCUUCUACUUCACGCCAGCUUUGGGUUUGGUUACAUCCUUCUGCCUCUAGUGAAGGAUGUGAUGCUCUAAAAUUCGCUUGCCAAAAGGAGGUAAAUAUUAUGUUCACGUCCAUCAGAUUAUGACCAGUUGGACCUCCUUUUUGUAGCUCUUUGAUCUUGU